UUUUCUGUCAGCACAUUACAUUUUCCAUUUACUCAAAAGGUGGAAGUGCAAAGCAUUCGAAUCACCUGCACCGUGUCGUCUCGUUUUGCCCACACGGUCAUGUCUUCCAAGGCGCUAAACAAGGAGAACUCAUCCCAGGAAAUCUUUUUUGAAGUAGAGUUGCCCAAGAUGGCCUUCAUCACCAACUUUAGCAUGGAAAUUGAUGGUCAGGUGUAUGUUGGAGAGGUGAAGGAGAAAGAGAGCGCCAAGGAGCAGUAUGAGAAGGCUGUUUCUUCUGGGAAGACUGCUGGACUUGUCAAGGCUUCUGAAAGAAAGAUGGAAAAGUUUUCUGUAUCUGUAAACAUUGCUGCCCAGAGCAGCGUGUCUUUCAUUCUGAUCUACGAGGAGCUCCUUCAGAGAACAGCACACAUCUCAUUCUCACCAACAGUGGAGCAGCAACAGAAAUGUCCAGGUUGUAAGGGCUCAUUAAUUAAUGGAGAUUUCAUCAUCAAGUAUGAUGUGAAACGAGCAACAAGCCUGGGGGAAGUUCAGGUCAGCUGA